AUGAACAAGCAACAAACCAUCAACCUUACUAAAUCAUUACACAGCUACAAAAUCCCUAUACUCAAUGAUAUAGCGCUACAUUGUGGAAGUCCAAUCCUCGGAACUACUAAAGCAUCACGCAUUGAAGGUAUCAUUGCUCAAUAUCAACUAUACUUGAUGCAAUGGCACAACUUGGCUCAUCGUAAUACAUUAUCAAUUGAUAUAGGCAUCAAAAACUUUUCCUAUUGCAAAACAACAACAACAAUAACACUGCGUAACAAAGUCUCCUACUGGCCAAUUUUAGUCACUCACUGGGAUAAAUUGAAUCUAGAUACGCACUAUGGAUCAUCUUACAAACCAUUACUUCAUCAAGACACAGUGCUAGACAACAAACGUUACUUGAACCACAUAACAAGCCAACUUAUUGACGAUCUAUCUCCCAACUUGUCCAAUGUCAAAAUCAUGGAAAUUCAACGAACAAGAUCAAACAAUAAUGCAAGGACUUUGCCAACAAUAUUAACCAACCAUACGUUGGAAAAUUUAAUCAUGGCCAAAAUGUAUCCAUCUUUAGUUAUUCCCAUGACUUCAAUGAAGAUGAUUCAUUUUUGGCUUUAUCGAUUCAUAACUAAAGAUCUGAUAAAUUCUAAAUUGAAAAAGACAAACAAAAUUAUACGACGUGAUUUGAUACUUGCUUGGUUUGGUAAACUUUAUAAACUAAAAGGGUGUGAACGCAACGGCAAAGAAACUAUAGACUCCACCAUGAAUCGGGUACUUGAUUGGCUAAAUUUACAAAAGGGAGACAAGACUGAUGAUUUAAUUGAUUCUUUACUUUAUAAUCUUUGUAUCAACUGUCAAUUGAAUCAUCUAUGCCAAUUCCACAAUUAUAUACAACAAAAUUAUGAUUUUGUUGAUUUUGUCGAGGAUGCUAAUCAAUUCCAUUUGGAAUUGAUCCAACCUGUGGUUGACAAGUAUAAUUUAGAAUUGAAAUAA